AUGUCAGAUAGCCCAUUAGGCCGUCAUUCGAAUUUCAGCGCCUUGAACAAACCGGAAGUGCAGCGGAUUAUGCAUCGGAAUUUCUCUGGCUCUCGAGCAAGAUUUCACUUCAAUGACGGUACAUUAGCCUCUACCAUUGCUUUGGACGAUUCCUGGACGUGCACGCUGUUGAUAUUCUCGCUUACUAGCAUCCACGUUUUCUACGCUUCGAGUAAGACUCAGGGCGUGACGUAG